AUGGGAAAGAAAAAGAUUCCCAUUACUUUCGUUGAAGAUCCAGUGAAACGCAAAAUUCAUUUCCAUAAGAGGGUCCAUGGAUUAUUCAAGAAACUUCAUGAACUAUCUGUUCUUUGCGGAGCUCCGAUGUGUUUGAUUGUUGAAGAUGAAAAUAAAAAUUCAUAUUGCUAUAAAACUGAUUCAGGAGGACAUGCCAAGCUCAUUGCUGCUGAAUAUGACAAGCUCAACGUAUCAGAUAAGGUGAAGGUUUACAAUCCUUCAACAAGAACCUUCCAUAACAAGCUUAAAGUUGUCCGUGAAUUGGAAGACCAUGAUCAAGGGAUGAUUGCACUACAAAAUGCAACUGCUGAAGUAGCUACAGUUGUUCAUGGCGCCGAGGAAGUACAACUGCAUGGUGAUGGUAAUCUUCAUUCUGCACAUCCAGGGAAUGAAGAUGAAUUCACUAUAGAAUGGCUUGAAAAAAUUCUUUUGUCUGAAGAUGACGACAAGGAUGGACAUAAUCCCUCUCUUCCUAGACAUAACAAGCUUGAAGAUCAAGGGAUAAUUGAGGAGUCCUUCUGUGCAGCUGCACUACAAAAUACAACUGUUGCAGCAGCUACAGUUGUUCAUGGCACCAAGGAAGUACAACUGCUUGAUGAUAGUGAUAUUCAUUCUGCACAUCCAGGGAAUGAAGAUCAAUUGACUAUGGAAUGGCUUGAAAACUUUCUUUUUGUCGGAUCAUGA